GCCAUUUACAAUCGACAAUUGAUCGUACAAAUUAUACCACAAUAAAAUAGCUAAACAAGGCCAUACGCAUUGAUUAGAUAGAUGGACUGUCCUACUAAGCCACGCUCGCCCCGAAUAGCCGGUGGAUACAAAGGAUCUGUAGGAGCCUACUGUUGUGUGCCUGGCUGUACAAAUGCUCAAGGUCGUUGUAACAGAAUGGGGAUGAAAUUGUCAUUCUACAGCUUCCCAAAAGACGUCAAGCAGAGAAAAUUAUGGCUCAGUAUGAUAAGACGUGAUGUAAUUGAUGACAACGGCAAGACGGUACCCUUUGAACCAAAGUCUCAUUCCAGAGUGUGCUCAGCCCAUUUUGUUGGAGGUUCUAGAUCUAGCAGUCCUGUUAGUGCAGCAUAUGUUCCAAGUAUCUUCCCCAGAAACAGCACAUUGAAGCGUCAAACUAAAAGAGCACAGGCAGCAGGCGAGGAUACUCCAAAAACACCGAAAUCGAACAAAAGGAAAAAGGGUCCAGAGACGGAGACGUCUGAUAUGGCUGGUCGGCCAAAAGUGAAACGCCAUCUGAAUUUUCCGGAAUCAGUUUGGGAAACAACAGACCACGAUUAUGUUAAGUAUAGUAAUGUCUGUGUUGAAAAUGUGCAGAGUGAGUCAAAAUUGUAUGACUUAGAAAAGGAAAAUGAGGAACUCAAGGCUAAACAAUUACGUUUGGAAAAUAUUAAGGAUAAUGACGAGAAGUUUCAGUUUUAUACAAAUCUCCCAAAUUAUGCGGUUUUCGCAGCUCUAUGUAACUAUCUGAAAUCAAGAACUAAAUCAGGUGUCAAUUACUGGAGAGGGAAGUCAACCGGCACUUCUACAGAAUCUCCAGUCACCAGUAAAGGUCCGGAAAGGAAAUUUACCGUAGAAGAAGAAAUCUUCAUUGUGCUUGUUAAGUUGAAGACCGGAAACUUUAAUGAAGACUUAGCUCAGACUUUUGAUACAAGUCAAGCUCACAUUUCAAGAUUAUUCACCACAUGGAUAAAUGUACUCUGUACAGAGUUAAAGUUAUUGUUUGAAAUGCAGAGUAACGAGGCGGAAAAAGCUGAGUGUUACAGUAGUUUCAAUGACUUGAAAAUUGUAAUAGACUGUACGGAACUAAUGGUGCAACGAGCAUCAAACCUGGACUCAAGAAAGAAAACAUUCUCUAAUUACAAGCACCACGACACGGUGAAAUUCUUAGUGGGUCUGUCACCAAAUUUAGCAGUUAAUUAUGUUUCUAAAGCAUGGGGUGGCAGGUCAUCAGACAAACAUAUUACCCUUAAUAGUGAAGCACUUAUGAAUGGACUGUCAGCAGGUGAGACAGUUAUGGCUGAUCGUGGAUUCACAAUCAAUAAUGAUUUGAAGAAAAAAGGGGUGAAAUUGUUGAUUCCCGAGUUCAAAGGACGCGAUCGACCACAGAUCAGCAAGAAGGAAGCAAAUAGAUCGGAAUUCAUAUCCAAGGCGAGAAUUCAUGUUGAACGCAUUAUUCAACGAAUGAAAACGUUCUAUCAUUUGGAGAGAAUAAUUCGAUUAAAUAUGCAGGAUUUGGUUGAGCAGAUCUUUACUGUAUGUGCAUACCUCACCAACUUCCAGCUGCCAAUAAUUCGUCGUUGACUUGUAUAAAUGCUGAUUUCUUGGAAAUUGAUACCAUGUUAGUAAUUUACCAUUAGAAAACAUGCAUGGAACACAAAACUUUACUGUCUCCUGUUAUUUCAGUAUUUGUGUAGUUUAUCACAAUUUUGGAUAGUUAUUUACAACUUUGCAUAUUUCAGACAGAACAUAUGAAAUUAAAUCACAUUUACUACUGAUUACAUUGUUUCAUUUCAUUUGCAGUAUUGUAUACUGAAAAUUCCAGAAGUGUAAUGAUUUAAACAUUUUUUAGCUCCACUUUUCGCAGUGACUGUCAACCAGUGCAGAUCAUGAUCAGACUGCACAGAUGUGCAGGCUUAUCAUGGUCUACACCGGUUGCAAAUGUAGAAUCAACCAUGUUCAGCAUAAGUGUUUUGCUUGUUGCGCAUGUUCCAAUCAGGAUUUUUUUCUACAAUGUAGAGUUUGAUUUAAUCCAAUUUUUAUAUAAUAUGAAAACAAUUGACCUACGCAAUUUUUCAUGAAGUGGAGUCUAUGGUAAAAUUGACAGCUUUCAUAACAUGUACCUGAAUAAAAUUUUUACCACCAUGUAGAUUUUAAUGAAACUGCACAUUCAUGAAUAAAUAAUAUGGUCUAUAACUGUGUGGAAUAAAAUAUAUAGAUUAAUGUGCUUUUCCCAGAGUAGAAAUUCUACCACGACUUCUAAUUAUUAGACCCCAUUCCAAAACCAGUUGAAAAUACACUGAAUUUAUCAUACUACUUUUCCUCUUUCGUAAGUAAAUUGAUUGAAACAAGUGAAGAAAAACUCUGUUUAGAAUCAUAUUUCCUUUAUUAAAAUAAAUAUGGAAUUGACAUGCAUUAAUACUAAAGAAGUGACUAUUGUGACAAUAGUAGUAGUUGCAUAUCAUAAACAUGCUGGUUAUACAUAAGUUAUCUUUAAUUACACAUAGUCCAAGCUAAACAUCUGAAAGAAAAAGGUAUGCGGAAAUUAUCUUUAAACAUGCAUUAAUGCUAUUAAUAAAUAAAGAAGUGACUAGUGUGAAAAUAGUCACAGUUGCAUAGUUGCAUAUCAUUAACAUCCAAUGCUGGGUAUGCAUAAGAAACCUUUAAAUACAAAUAGUCAAAUAUAAACAUCUGAAAGACAACUUUUAAGUAUGUGGAAAUUAUCUUUAAACAUAGUCAAUUAUGUACAUAUAAAAAAUCAUGUAUCUAUUUUUUCUGAAUUGUAAUGGUAACUUUGAAGUUGCAAGACAAUUACCAAUUACAGAUUACUUCCAAUAAAAUAGGAUUAAGACAAAAGAUUGUAAAUGAUACAACAUGCUGUAGGUGUAUGUACAUAAUGUAUCCGAGAUAUUUUACAAGGUAUCAGAACUUUCAUGCACUGAAAAUGACAAGAACCUGUAACUUGAGUAAAUAACACUUUCAACAUUCAUGAAUUUACUAAACUGACAACUCCAGAUUAAAGUUUGGACACAACAGGAUGUAUGUAUGUGGUUACUUGCAAAUAAUAUCAUAGCACUGCAUUAAACUAAACUAUUUUAGGAAAGGAAAUGGCUGUAGUUUGUUAAAAAUGUCUUUACAAUUUCUAUAUUGAAUACUAGUAAAAAUAAGGUUGAUGCUAUGGAA